AUGGGCGAGGGCGCAGGACUCCCGAGACGACGCGGUUGCGUCUGCAACAGGCUGCCGCUGCCGUGCGUUGCGCUCGCAGCGCUCCUUUGGCACCUCUCGAGACGGCGCUGCGGCCCUGACCCUGCGGCUGCGUGGUCUGCUGCCGGAGGCUGGCAGGCCGACGUGCUGGCAAAUUCCUCCUACGCGGACCGGGUCGGCAGCGCCACCGUGGUCCUCUACCGGCGUGGCCAGCUGCACGUGCGGCUGGCAGGCUGGGGCAACGGCCCCCUGGUGGAAGGCUGUCUGCACGACCUCGAGCAGGACCUUGCGAGGAUACCAACCGUGAGCCUGUACGUCUACCUGGAUAUGUUGGCCGGACGAGGGAGCUCGCCGCGGGCCGUCGCGGCCGCGCUCCAGUUCAUGGGGCGCGUCGGGCACCGCGUGAAGCGCGUGGCCGUCGUCGGCCCCCCGCCGAUCAUCGCCUUCAUGCGGAUCCUGAGGGACAUUUGUCGUCAGGAGGGCGUGGAGUUCUUCGGCAGGGGCGCGAAGGCGGAGGCCUGGCUCUCGGAGCAGCUCGCCCGCUCUGGGGCGGCCGGCUCGCGGUCGUGGCUCCGCUGA